AUGGAGAUCAGACCAAGAUUAUUGUGGCCCGUGGAAACUGAAUUUCUUUUCUCUUCUGCUCUGUUCCCAGAGGCCUUAAUUGCUAAUGACCCUGACUUCCAGCAUGAGGAUUUGAACUUCCUCUCCCGUAGCCAACGCUAUGACCAAGCCAUCAGGAAGAGCGCUCUGAUGGUGAUGAAGUUAAGAGAAUAUGGAAUUGCAGAUCCUGAUGAGGUCUACAUGUUUAAAAGCCUUGUUCAUCGUGGACGGCCUGAGCCUCUGGACCUUCAUCUGGGCAUGUUCCUUCCUACCCUUCUCACCCAGGCAACCCCAGAACAGCAGGAUCGCUUCUUCAUGCCUGCCUGGAACCUGGAGAUCAUUGGCACGUAUGCCCAGACCGAAAUGGGCCAUGGAUCUCAUCUUCGGGGCCUAGAAACCACAGCCACUUAUGACCCAGCUACACAGGAAUUCAUUCUCAACAGCCCCACUGUGACCUCCAUUAAGUGGUGGCCAGGCGGACUUGGAAAGACCGCGAACCACGCCAUCGUUCUGGCGCAGCUCUACACCCAGGGCCAGUGCAAAGGGCUGCAUGCCUUCAUCGUUCCCAUACGGCAGCUGGGCACCCACGAGCCUUUGCCAGGCAUUACGGUGGGUGACAUUGGGCCAAAAUUUGGCUAUGACGAAGUGGAUAAUGGCUAUUUGAAAAUGGACAACUUCAGAAUUCCUCGGGAGAACAUGCUGAUGAAAUAUGCUCAGGUUGAACCAGAUGGCACUUACGUGAAGCCACUUAGUGACAAGCUGACCUAUGGGACCAUGGUGUUCAUCCGAGCCUACAUUGUAGGAGAAUCAGCUCGGGCCCUGUCCCGGUCUUGCACUAUUGCUAUUCGCUACAGCGCAGUGAGACACCAGUCUGAGCUAAGGGCAGGGGAACCAGAACCCCAGGUCUUGGAUUAUCAGACCCAGCAGUACAAGCUCUUUCCUCUCCUGGCAGCAGCAUAUGCUUUUCACUUUGUGGGAACCUACAUAAAAGACACUUAUCGUCGUAUUAGUGGAGACAUCAUUGAAGGGGAUCUGAGCGAGCUGCCAGAGCUUCACGCACUGACGGCGGGGUUGAAGGCCUUCACUACCUGGAUUGCCAAUGCUGGGAUUGAGGAAUGUCGAAUGGCCUGUGGUGGCCAUGGCUACUCCCGCUGCAGUAGCCUUCCUGAUAUCUAUGUCACCUUCACCCCAACUUGCACCUAUGAGGGAGAAAACACAGUCAUGAUGCUGCAGACAGCAAGGUUCCUUAUCAAAAGCUACAUGCAAGUUGGUUCUGGUCAGCGUGUUACUGGCACAGUGUCCUACCUUAAUGAUCUCCCCAGGCAACACAUUCAGCCACAGCACGUGGCUGCUAGGCCUGCGACUGUGCUUAUCAACGAUCCCGUCAGUUUGGUGGAGGCCUAUAAAGCACGUGCGACCUGGCUUGUAGAAUCUGCAGCAAAGAACUUACAAGCUGAGUUGAACCACAGAAAGAACAAAGAUGAUGCCUGGAACGUGACUUCUGUUGAUCUUGUCCGAGCCACUGAUGCACACUGUCACUAUGUGGUAGUGAAAAUCUUCACGGCAAAGCUCUCGGAGAUCAGCAAUGCAGCAGUCCGUGCUGUCCUGACUGAUCUGUGUCUCUUGUAUGCACUGCAUGGAAUCAGCAAGAACCCAGGCGACUUUCUGCAGGCGGGUAUCUUGACAAAUACCCAAGUUAAUCAAGUGAACCAGCGUGUGAAGGAGCUCUUGGCUAUAAUCCGUCCCAAUGCAGUAGCGCUGGUGGACGCCUUUGAUUAUAGUGAUGGUUACCUUGGGUCUGUGCUUGGCCGCUACGAUGGCAACGUCUAUGAGACCAUGUUUGAGUGGGCAAAGAAAUCACCACUGAACCAAACGGAGGUUCAUGAAUCUUUCCAUAAACACCUGAAGCCGAUAAUGUCCAAGCUGUGAAGCCAGCUCUCUUAAACAUGCACAGUUUUCCUGGUCUGAAAGCUGGAUGUUUGCAUCCUUUCUUCAGGCACCUAAAUCAAACCUUUCAAAUCCUGAUAGCUGUAGGACAGUGAAUAAUUGUAACUUUUCUUUUUACUUCUGUAAAUUGAGGAGGUGAUUGGGGGACUGCAUAGGGAUAGAUGGCUGUUUUGCUUUUGAAGUGCAAUUAUAGUGGGGAAAAAAACCUCUUGAACUUCUGAGAAAGCUUUAUGGAUUCAUACAAUAAUUGCUUUUGUGAAGCUGCUAAUUAUGCAAGUUACUGUUAUCUAAAAA